CCCACACCUUUACACAGCACCACCACCUACCUAAGACAUCUACAUGCGCCACAACUCUCAGUCCCACCCUAAUCUUUCGUCUCCUCUGUCCUCCUCUCACUGCUCGUAGUCAUGGUCACAGUCAUAGUGGUCCUUGUUCUUGUCACAUAGCGUGUUUGUAUAGUAAAUGUAUGCUUGUUAGUCGGUUGGUGGCCAACGACACAGACAAGAGCCAAUCAUUCAGUCAACCAGCCAGCCAGCCAGUCGCUUGUUCAGUCAGACAAUGUUUUGGUCGGGAAGAAGACGUUCGCCAGCGGUCUCUUGACGACAAGGAAAAACUACUGACCCCAAGCAUUUACGCUAUUCAUCAUUAUCAUCAUUAUCCCAUCACCAAAAUUAUUUUUAUUAUUAUCAUUAUUAUUAUUUUCAUUAUCCAAAGUUAUCUCUUACGGUUGGUUCUACAACCGGAGACUUGUCUUAAAUUGGUAAAUUUUACUCAUUAAGCCCGUGGAAUGGACCUUUAAGUUAACCAAACCAAAUACAGUUGACACCACCACCACCACUACUACCGACACCAUCACAUCUGCUAAUAUAACUACUACUAAUGCUGCUGCUAUUGCUAUCGUUACUACUCCUCUGAUCGGCCACUAAAACUUAUCAAUUCUUACGGACAAUUUUGUUAUCUAGCAGUUGCUAUUUCUAAUAUUUGUAUUAGCAGUUAACGCCUGUCGCUACACAGACACACACCAUAGAGGCCGACAUCGAAAUCAAAGCAAACCAUCCAUCCGGAUGUCUUCUUCUACCACAGCUAGACGUCCUUCGCUAACAGAAGCGGCGUUAAUGUCGGCUUAUUACUAUCCACAUCUAACACAUACCGGUAUGUCCCUACCGAGUAGCACGACAGCUACACCUCAUGCUACAAUAACCUACAGCGGGACGCCUCCAGACCUCGUCGCCUCUCCGUUUCACUCAAUGACAGCGUACAGCUUGGAUACUCCAUCUACUUUUGGACAUCAUCAUCAUCAUCAUACUCAUCAUCAUCCUCACGGACCAUAUACUCAUUCUCAUAACACAAUUGCCAAUCCCCAAAUGACCGGGACCCAGUGGAGCCAUCUAGCUGCAGCGGCACAUCACCUGAAUUACAGUCCUAUAACAGCAUCACCAGCAGCUCAACACAUGGCAGCUGUUGCAGCGGCUGCUACCGCAGCUGCUGCUGCCGCUGGUGGUAACCCGACGGUAAAUCCAGCCUCAUCUGCCAACGGUGGCAAUCCAUUAGUAAACCUUGCACCUAUUGAUGUUGAUACAGCGUCACCAACACCACCGAAUGAGCCCUCAAUGAAUGGAAACUCACAUGCUACAUCCCUAAUACCAUAUGAUGAGUGGAUGGCAACGGGUGGGUGCAAUCUCGUAACGGGUCCAAGUAUGCCUGUCACUAAUACAUCCAGUACAAGUAGAGGCAGCAAUGACACAAUGCUAAUAAGUAUGUCACCUCUCCAUUCCCAAGAUUCUCAAACUAUACCGUUAUCACUUCUGACGUCCUCAUCACACCAGCAUCAUCUACAACAAUCGCAUCUGCAACCUCUUAAUCAACAAACUGAGCAAUUAUCACAGCAAGAAGAUCAUUUACAUACAAAUGAGCCCAGCCCUUUAAUGACCAAUUUGAACCGCUAUCCUCAGACUUCGCUAUCAAGACCGAUGGGUUCCCAUACGGAAUAUUUAGGAACCAACCAUCUAGACAUUGGAAGCAUCAGCACCUCACCUGAGUCUGUUUCGACUCAUUCCCAUUUAUCAGACGAUUCUCUGUCCCCUGUGGACAUUCAUCAGUCCCAACAACAACAGCAACUAUCAAAUCACCACCACCCUCAUCAACAUUUGUCUCAUUCUAUGCAUAUUCCUUUAAAUACAGUUUCAAACAGCUACGUAUUAAACUCACAGAGAAACGGUUCCUUGCAUGUAGCUCCACAGCGGACUAAUAGCAACGAUAGCAGUUUAUGUACUGAUAUCGACUCUAGCCCUUCAUCGAUGAUGGGCUACACUGGAGAUAACAUAGGACGGGUCAACAGACACCCGUUUGAAUGGAUGCGGACGCCACAAAACAAUGCUUCGCGGACGAAACGUAUAGGCAGAACACGGACGAAGGACAAAUACCGGAGUGUAUACACAGAUCAUCAGCGACUUGAAUUGGAAAAAGAGUUCCACUAUAACGUCUACAUCGAUGUUGUCCGUAAAGCUGAACUGGCCCAGGAAUUAGGAUUAUCUCAAAGGCAGAUUAAGAUAUGGUUUCAAAACAGACGUGCCAAAGACAGAAAACUACGCCAAAGGCAAGCAACUCGUGAUGUUUCAGUGAAAUUGGAACCAAAAGAUUCUUUACUUUUAUCUAGUUCCUUACCAUCUCCACAAGAUUCUCCAAGAAGUCGAAAUUCUUGUGAUGAAUCGGUCAUUGCAUAGAUUUUGAAAUUGUACCGUGAUGUAGAUUAUUCAAUUCUCUUGAUACAUGUCCAAGUGACCAGAAACACAAACUCGAUACGCUUCUGGUUCCAUUAAGAAUGAAACUAGAAUAUGAUACCUUUGAUAUUACAAGACACAAACUUAGAAAUUACAUUGAUAAUUUCUUUAAAAAGUUGUUUUAUUUUUUCCACUUUUUUAAAUAUUAUUUUUCUUUUACGGUUGUGAUAACUAAGAAUAUCUGAUUCCCCCCCCCCCCGGCUAUUUGUAUAUAGCCUAAGGCUAUUUCAUUGAAUUAUGCUUUAACUGGCAUCUUCAGCUCAUAUGUCGAAUUUGGUGUACUUGGAGCUUCGGUUUAUAUCACCUAUGCUCCUUCACUACAACUAUCUGCUACACACAUUCUUAUGUAAAUGUUACUCAGACACACUCCAGUCUCUGUUCUACGAGCGAGUGGUCUUCCUUCUCUCACUGUUUUCUACUGCAACUAUGUCCACUCCUGCUCUCUUCGGAUUAGGCUAGUCUUACAAUACUUCAGCUCAGACACUUCCAACCCAUUCGUCUCUCAUACUCUAGUCACCCUGGUUGUGUCCAACUCACCCAAGUCCUUACCUAAUAACCACUACACUCUGCCAUUGCUGUUUUUUGUACUGCAAAGUAAAUAACAUUUUCUCUAAAUAUACGUAAUCCAGACACAUCCCAUAAUCCACUAAUCUAUGUUACUUCUACAAACAUAGACCUUGAAAAACUUCCUAAGCUAGAGAUAUGACAGUCUUGUGAUAUUCUGUGGCACUAAGACGGAGUCAUUAGUAUAAUAAAAAUGUACCAAAUCAACCUUGGCUUGCAGUGGUCUGUUUCUCCUGGUACCUGAAGAGCCAAGGCGUUCCUGGUUAUCAGUGCAACACUUCUUUGAAAAGACGUGUUGUCUCUUCAAUUCUGCGAACCUUUUUUUCCCUUUCAAAGUCCCUGGUUCGCUUUUAUGUUGAUCACAUAUCAGUACAGCUAUUGCUGACUUUCUAUAAAUUUUGGGACCUACGUUAAGUACUGUUCACACAUCUGGUACGAAGCCGUUUUUACGUAUACAAACAUUUUAGAACUACUCGAGUGAUUAUCAAUAUUUUCUCUCACAGUAACAUGCUAAAUUCAGAAACCCACCGAUUGCUGUACCAGCUCUUGUCUUUUUUAAUGUUAAAGCAAUAGUUUAAUUUCUCUAAAAGUAGCUAGAGCAGUGUACCCUUUUGCUUAAGUUCAUGCAAUGCACGGGUCUAUCAAGUCAAUAGAAAUAAGUUAAAUUUACCUCAAGUCACACACACACUGGCCUCUUAAAAAAGAAAAUCUAAAUAACGUGAUGGAGGUCUCGGAUUUUCUAGAGGAUGAUAAAAAUGUGAUGGCAUAAUGUCAAGUCUAAGACAUUAGUUAGGUACAACACUAACCCCAGCUUCGAAAUGAAACAUUUAGUCGUAAACUUCACUUCACCCUCUGUCACGGUGUAUUUUCUUGUUCACAAAUUAAGGAAUCCUGAUGCUGUGACCAUCGUUAGCAAAAGUUCAUUUUUGUUUGAAAGGGUGUUUAAUCCAGUGACCUUGUAACCAUUUUAUUUAUUCAACUACCGGUUUGCAAUUUAAUUGAGAAAAUGAUGAAGUUUAGUAUAUCUUUAGUAAAUUGCUGAGUAGAAUAGGAAGAAGCAGUGGGAGUAUAUUGUCCGAUUCACAGUAAGUUUUUGUUUUUCUGAUUUACUGUGAUACGGUGAAGAACACGGCCUGUUUGUUUCGUUGUUGUUUCUUUUUUUUUUUUCUGUGUGUAAUUUAUUUACCCGACCAUGUUUUAUAUUUAUGUAUAUAUAUGUGAGUCUCUAUCAUAAAUUGCUAUUUUAUAGCCAAAAGUUUAUAUGGGUAUCAGUCGCAACAUUUAAAUAUUUUUUUCUUUUAAAUUGUGUAUUUGUUUUUGUUUGUUACCAUCCUUAAGAAGAACAUAAGUCCGGUAACGUCAUCGCCAUAUUCCACAUAAAUAAAUUAAGACGUAAAAAAAUAAAAUAUUUUUAAUAAA